AUGGCCAAUCAGAGCGCGGGGCGGAGGCCAUUUAUCCCAAUUUUCCCUCUGCUUUUUAACUUCCAGGUGUUUCCAGGGCUGCUUUCCCCCCCUGCUUCCUUCCUUCUUUCUUUCUUUUCCUUUGCUUUUCCUUUCCUUCUUUCCUUCUUUCCUCCUUCCUCCUUUCCUUCUUUCCUUCCUUCCUUCCUCCCUUCCUUCCUCCUCCUUUCUUUCCUUCCUUUCUUCCCUUCUUCCUUUCCUUCCUUUCUUCCUCCUUUCUUUCCUUCCUUUCUUCCUCCUUUCCUUCCUUCCUUUUUUUCCUUCCUUCUUUCCUCCCUUCCUCCUUUCGUCCUUUCCUUCUUUCUUUCUUUCCUUCCUUUUUUUCCCCUCCUUUCCUUCCUUCUUUCUUUCCUUCAUUCCUCCUUUCUUUCUUUCUUUCUUUCUUUCCUUCCUUCUUUUCUCCUUCCUUUCUUCCUCCUUUCCUCCUUUCUUCCUUCCCUUCGUUCCUUCCUUUUUCUUCCUUUCCUUCUUUCCUUCCUUCCUUUUUUCCCCUCCUUUCUUUCUUUCUUUCCUUCCUUUCUUCCUUUCCUUCCUUCUUUUCUCCUUCCUUUCUUCCUCCUUUCUUCCCUUCAUUCCUUCCCUUCCUUCUUUUCUCCUUCCUCCUUUCCUCCUUUCUUCCUUCCUUCCUUCCUUUUUUUCCCCUCCUUUCUUUCCUUCCUUCCUUUUUUUCCCUCCUUUCCUUCCUUCUUUCUUUCCUUCAUUCCUCCUUUCCUUCUUUCUUUCUUUCCUUCCUUCCUUCUUUUCUCCUUCCUUUCUUCCUCCUUUCCUCCUUUCUUCCUUCCCUUCAUUCCUUCUUUCUUCCUUUCCUUCUUUCCUUCCUUCCUUUUUUUCCCCUCCUUUCCUUCUUUCUUCCUUUCCUUCCUUCUUUUCUCCUUCCUUUCUUCCUCCUUUCCUCCUUUCUUCCUUCCCUUCAUUCCUUCUUUCUUUCUUCCUUUCCUUCUUUCCUUCCUUCCUUUUUUUUCCCUCCUUUCCUUCUUUCUUUCUUUCCUUCCUUCCUUUCUUCCUUUCCUUCUUUCUUUCUUCCUUCUUUCCUUCCUUCCUUCCUUUUUUUCCCUCCUUUCCUUCUUUCUUUCCUUCCUCUCUUUCUUCUUCAAUUCCUUCCUCCUCCUUUCCUUUCUUCCUCCUUUCUUCCUCCUUUCCUUCCUUCCUUCCUUCCUUCCUCCCUUCCUUCCUUCCCUUCCUUCCAUUCCUUCCCUUCCUUCUUUUCUCCUUCCUUUCUUCCUCCUUUCUUCCUUCCCUUCUUUCCUUCUUUCUUUCUUCCUUUCCUUCUUUCCUUCCUUUUUUCCCCUCCUUUCCUUCCUUCUUUCUUUCCUUCAUUCCUCCUUUCCUUCUUUCUUUCUUUCCUUCCUUCCUUUUUUCCCCUCCUUUCCUUCCUUCUUUCUUUCAUUCCUCCUUUCCUUCUUUCUUUCUUUCCUUCCUUCCUUCUUUUCUCCUUCCUUUCUUCCUCCUUUCCUCCUUUCUUCCUUCCCUUCAUUCCUUCUUUCUUCCUUUCCUUCUUUCCUUCCUUCCUUUUUUUCCCCUCCUUUCCUUCUUUCUUCCUUUCCUUCCUUCUUUUCUCCUUCCUUUCUUCCUCCUUUCCUCCUUCCCUUCAUUCCUUCUUUCUUUCUUCCUUUCCUUCUUUCCUUCCUUCCUUUUUUUCCCCUCCUUUCCUUCCUUCCUUCCUUCCUUUUUUUCCCCUCCUUUCCUUCCUUCUUUCCUUCAUUCCUCCUUUCCUUCAUUCUUUCCUUCCUCCCUUUCUUCUUCAAUUCCUUCCUCCUUCCUUCCUUCCUUCCUUCCUCCUUCCUUCCUUCCUUCCUUCCCUUCCUUCCCUUCCUUCCCUUCCUUCCCUUCUUUCCUUCCUUCUUUUCCCUCCUCCUUUCUUUCUUUCCUUCCUUCCUUUCUUCCUUUCCUUCCUUCUUUUCUCCUUCCUUUCUUCCUCCUUUCCUCCUUUCUUCCUUCCCUUCAUUCCUUCUUUCUUUCUUCCUUUCCUUCUUUCCUUCCUUCCUUUUUUCCCCUCCUUUCCUUCCUUCUUUCCUUCAUUCCUCCUUUCCUUCAUUCUUUCCUUCCUCCCUUUCUUCUUCAAUUCCUUCCUCCUUCCUUCCUUCCUUCCUCCUUCCUUCCUUCCUUCCUUCCUUCCUUCCUCCCUUCCUCCCUUCCUCCCUUCCUCGCUUCCUCCCUUCCUCCCUUCCUUCCCUUCCUCCUCCUUUCCUUCUUUCCUCCAUUUCCUCUUUCUUUCCAUUUUUCCUUCUCAUCUCCUUUUUCCUUUCCUCCCUUUUUUCUCUCUUCCCCCCUCCCCUCCCUUUUUCUUUUACCAUUUUUAUCCCCUCCCUUUUUAAAUCUCUUUCCCUUCUAUUUUCUCUCCAUCCUCCCCUCCUUUCCUCCCCCUUUUCCUUUCCUUUUCUCCCUUUUCUCCCCACCUUUUCCCCCCUUUUCCCCCUCCCUUUUCUUCCUCAUUGCCCUUUUUUCCUUUUCCAACGUUCAGACGCUUCCCAAAUCUCCCUUAACUCCAUUUUUAAUUAAAUUUAGCUCUCAUAAAUGGGCAGAAAUGACUUUUUCCCUCCUUUUCUCCCCCCUUCGUCCCCUUUUCCCCCAUUUCUCCCCCAUUUUUCCCUUAACCCGUUUCCCACCAACGCCGUUUUCCCUCUCCCUCAGCCGCAGCGUUUUCUUCCCUGUUGUUUUUAAUUAACCCCAUCCUGCUCAUUAAUUACACGCACUCCCAUUCCUCGCCGUUGACCCACAAGCUCCGCCCCUCGCUUCCAAACACCGCACGGUGAUUGGUCGCGCCGCGAGCCUGCCGCCUUCCCAUUGGUCAGCGGGGCAGCGGGAGGCGGGGCCUCUGCGCGCGCGGGGGUGGAAAGGCGGGAAAAGGGGCGGUUCUCACUCCGGUCCGCCCCUCGGCGUAUAUAAGAGCGCUCCGCCCACCGCUGCGCUCAGUGCGGGGGGCGGGCGGGGCUUGGAGCGGAGCCCCUCGCGUUGCGUUUCAGCGCCGCAUCCGGAACGCGGCGCCUUUUUCAACCUCAAAAUUCUCCGAAAACCUUAAAAACCAAACAAACAAACAAACGAAACCCUCCCGAAAAAUUACCGCCCUCAACCCGGCGCCGGGCCGUUUCGCUUCGUACUUUUGCUUCUUUUCUGUGCGCGCGGAGGCGGCGCUUCCCCGCAACGCUUCGGAGCGGAAGACAAAAAAUAACCAGCAUCGAAACCUUCAAACGACGGGAGAUGAGAAAAGCUGGAUUUCACCCCAAAAAAAGAACGUCGCGCAGCUCUUCAGGACCCGCCCGACAGCCUCAGGCUGGAACUUAUGGGAGAAAAAACCUCCGGCCCCUCGUGGGCCAGCAACCAGCUGCAGCUUGCAGGAGCUGAACCAAGAGGUGGGAAUUUCCUCCUCUUGCUCAGGGAUGAGGAGCUCUGAUGCCAUUUCCCACACCGAGGGCGCUGAGCCCCACAUCUGAAUGCUUGGCUGAUGUCUGUCUUUGGGAAGAGAACACUGGGCAUCACCGGGUGCCCCCCGUUUUUGCUGUCUUGGAUGGGCAGGUUGUCAUUUAUCAGGUAGGUUCGAAUGCAAAUAAAGCUGUGGAUUGAACUGCGACUGAAGUCUCUCCCAUCUCUGGGGCUUUAGCUCUAAAAUUGCCUUCU